GGGAAAGAAGCAUGGCUGCCUUGUUCAGAGGGUCUCGGAAUUUGUUCCAAAGGUGCAAUAAGCAUGUCGACUUUAUAGCGGUAUCGUGUAGAUCAAUGGCCUCUAAGACGCCUGUAGGUUUCGUUGGUUUGGGGAACAUGGGAACGCCCAUGGCGAGGAACUUGCUGAAACAUGGAUAUCCAGUGAUAGCCACCGAUGUCUUUCCUGAGUCCUGCAAAGAGCUACAGGACCUGGGAGCACAGAUCUUGGACAGUCCUGCGGAGGUUGCUGAUAAAGCCGACCGCAUCAUCACCAUGUUACCCUCCAGUCCCAAUGUCAUCGAAGUCUACACAGGACCGACCGGCAUCCUCAAGAAAGUGAAGAAGGGCACACUACUCAUAGACUCCAGCACCAUCGACCCUUCUGUCUCCAAGGAGAUGGCUGUGGCCGCGGAGAAGAUGGGUGCAGUGUUCAUGGAUGCUCCGGUGUCAGGAGGUGUGGGAGCAGCCAGUCUGGCCAAGCUGACCUUCAUGGUGGGCGGGUUAGAGGAAGAGUUUAACGCUGCUCAGGAACUGCUGACCUGCAUGGGAGCAAAUGUGGUGUACUGUGGUCAGGUCGGCACAGGACAGGCAGCCAAGAUCUGCAACAAUAUGCUUCUAGCCAUCGGAAUGAUCGGCACUGCAGAGACCAUGAACCUGGGGAUCAGGCUGGGACUGGACCCUAAGCUGCUGGCUAAGAUCCUCAACAUGAGCUCAGGCCGCUGCUGGUCCAGUGACACAUACAACCCGGUGCCUGGGGUCAUGGAGGGCGUCCCCUCUGCCAACAACUACCAGGGAGGCUUUGGCACCACCCUCAUGGCCAAGGAUCUGGGUUUGGCUCAGAACACGGCGACAAACACUCGGACCCCGGUUCCUCUCGGUUCCCUGGCCCAUCAGAUCUACCGAGUCAUGUGUGCACGUGGCUAUGCUAAUAAAGACUUCUCCUCUGUCUUCCAGUUUCUGCGUGAGGAGGAGGGGCAGUAAAGAAGGCCACGCCCCUGGCUUUUGGAGGGUGGGCGUAUAUGUCUUGUGAUUGACAGGGGCUGUUAGUGUUGAUAAUGAAGGGGAAAUAUGGUCCUAAGUCAACAGAUUCUCGGUCCCCCCCCACACCCCCCCCACCCCACCCCGUUAACGCAGGGGGCCCCCUCCCCAUUCAGGGACGACCAGAGCUCGGUCUAAAAAAACACAAAAGAAAAAGAAAAACUGUCUUUAUUUCCACCCUUGCUCUGGCCUGGUGGACAGGACACACACAAACAUAUAUUCUCAUUCAGUCUGGCUGUAGGUCUUAGUCUCAUUCAGUCUGGCUGUAGGUCUUAGUCUCAUUCAGACUGGCUGGGGGUCUUGGUCUCAUUCAGUCUGGCUGUAGGUCCUAGUCUCAUUCAGACUGGCUGGGGGUCUUGGUCUCAUUCAGUCUGGCUGUAGGUCUUGGUCUCAUUCAGUCUGGCUGUAGGUCUUGGUCUCAUUCAGUCUGGCUGUAGGUCUUGGUCUCAUUCAGUCUGGCUGUAGUUCUUAGUCUCAUUCAGUCUGGCUGGGGGUCUUAGUCUCAUUCAGUCUGGCUGGGGGUCUUGGUCUCAUUCAGUCUUGCUGGGGGUCUUGGUUAGGCUGGGUGAUGAUCAGAUCGCUGGUUAAAAAGGCUGCUGUAAUUUCUUAGCCCUCUUUCCUCUCACAGUCAUCUGCAUCUGUUUGUCCAAUCACCUGUUAUCUUUCCCUCCCUCUCAUUGGAAGAAGAAAGCCAGUGUUUCUUUCCUUGCUUAGCCCUGAUUGGACAGACCGAUGAAGGGGUUUGGUUGUAAGCUCGCCCUGCUCUGGUUCUCUGAGGCUCAGAGCAGCAGUGAGUGAGUCAUAAAAGGUUACCUCUGAGAAUUCCCUCUCUUGACACUGAAACAUAUGCUACCUGCUAGACUGACCCCCUCCUUCUCUGGGUCAAUCAAAUACAGCUUUAUUUUUCUCACUCUUCUUCUCUGACUUUGUGCUCUGUAUUUCCUCAUGAUACAAUGUUAAUCUCUUUUACCCCUCUCUCUCUCUCUCUCUCUCUCUCUCUUUUCUCCACACAGGGUGGAGAAUAAGAUUCACUACCCCCACCCUGUCGUGUAUGUACAUAUGUAUAUUUUUCGUUUCUUUUCAUGUAUUGCAGUACCUUGCAAUACCUCUUCCAUGACAGGUCAGUUGGUACAUCUGUAGAACACACACACAGGAGAGAGAGACAGAGAUUUUACAUGUGUGUGUAUG